AUGGCACCGCUAUCGCCCUUCUUACCAGAGUUUGGCAGCCCGCUGGGCAUAGCGGCGAUUGCGUUCGUUGUUAUUGCUAGCCUGUAUAUCAUCAAUUCAUUGAUUAGCCCUCCGUUCCCCAAGGAUGUACCCUACAUUAGGGAACCGCCAGGAAAGCGAAGCUUCAGCCUCCGGACACGAUGGGCGUACCUUACCGACUGCCAACCUCUCUUCCGCGAGGCAUACGAAAAUUACUCCAAGAAGGGCAAGCCUGUCAUCAUCCCGGGCUUUGGUGUGCGAAAGGAGCUCAUCAUGCCAACGAGUUCAAUGCGCUGGGUCCAAGCUCAGCCGGAUACUGUCCUGAGUGUCACGAAGGCAUUCUCAGAUGUAGAUCAGGUGUACUACAGUUAUGGCCACAAAAGAUACGUCGAAGAUCCGUGGCAGGGGAUGCUAGUCAAGAACAAGAUGAAUGCUGUUCUGGAGAAUAUUGUCCAGGCAAUGAACGACGAGCUCCAAGUUGCUUUUGAUGACGUUUUUGGCACUGAUGAGCACAACUGGAAGGAGCUUGAUGUGCUGACAGCGGUGAAGAUCGUUGUGUCGCAAGCAGCUAGUCGUUUCACGGUUGGGUUGCCUCUGGCUCGAAACAAGGAAUACAUGAAAGAUUGCUAUGACUCGGUCGAUAGCGCCAUCAUGACUGCUGGUGUUGCCGGAGGUACUCCUCACGUUCUACGACCCAUCGUCGGAAGACUGGUGGGCUUGAAGAGUAGACUUGCCAUUCGCAGGAUGAGAAAGCACUUUGAACCAACAUACCGGGAGAGAUUGCCGACACUGAAGUUCGCCGAGGAUGACCCGCAACAUAUCGAGCCCCAGGAUCAUCUGCAGAUGAUGCUGCGCUAUGCACAGAAAGAAAGACCGGAAGAGCUAUCCCUUGACGGCAUGGCACGGCGUGUGAUGGCUGCUAACUUCGGCUCAAUGCAUCAGACGAGCAUGCAGGUGACGAAUAUGCUUCUCAAUAUCAUUGGGUCCGACGCUGAGUUUAACACAAUUGCGGUCUUGCGCGACGAGGUAGCAAGAGUCCUGGGCGACGACAAAGUGUGGACUAAAGCACAUAUUGCCAAGAUGGUGAAAUCCGACAGCGUGGCCCGUGAGACUCUACGCUGUCAGUCUUUUGGAGGACGAGCCUUGUUCCGAAAAGUCAUGGUUGACGGCGUGGUGACGGACUCCGGCCUAAAGCUUCCCAAGGGCUGCAUGUUCUCAUUCCUGGGACAGCCAGCACAGCAUGACGAGGACAUCCACGACGAGCCGCUGAAGUACGAUCCCUUCCGGUUCUCCCGCGUUCGCGAGACGGUAGCCGACUCAUCCAAAGCUCCCGCUCUAAGUUUUGUGACCACCAGUCCCGAUCAUCUACCCUUCGGCCACGGAAGGCACGCCUGCCCGGGAAGAUUUCUCGUUGACUUUGAGUUGAAGAUGAUCAUUUCGUAUGUGCUCAUGAACUAUGAUCUGAAAUUUCCAGAUGAGUACAAUGGCAAGCGGCCAGCGAACAGGUGGAUGGCUGAGGCGAAUGUGCCGCCGGCUGGAGCCAAAAUGCUUGUUAAAAGACGCAAAGCCACAUAG